CGUCAAUCCAUCCAUCCAUCCAUCGACCAUCUCCAUCCCCAAGUAAACAAAAAAAAGAAGCGUCACCUCUUUUCGCAUCCCAGCCUUCGAUCACCCAGAAUCCAUCCUCCGCCACAACUCCCGCCGCCGAGCCGAAUCGAAUCCCGCAACACCCAUCCGUCCGCCAUCCAGCCAUGUCAUCCAAAGAGGCGUCGUCCUCCUCCACCAAGGAUAAGGACAAGGAUAAGUCCAAGGUGCACAAGCUCUCCCUCAAGGGCAGCUCGCGCCUCGUCGCCGAGUUUUUCCAAUACUCCAUCCAUACCAUCCUCUUCCAGCGCGGUGUAUACCCAGCCGAGGACUUUACAGCCGUCAAGAAAUAUGGCCUCAACAUGCUUGUCUCCGCCGACGAUCAGGUCAAGGCGUACAUCAAGAAGAUCAUGUCCCAGCUCGACAAGUGGAUGGUCGGCGGCAAGAUCUCCAAGCUCGUCAUCGUAAUCACCGACAAGGACACGGGCGAGCACGUCGAGCGGUGGCAGUUUGAUGUCCAAAUCUCCCAACCGCCCCCAAAGUCCAAAUCGUCCAAGUCCGCGCCCAAACCCUCCGCCGUCGCCGCCGCCGCACAACAAGACCAAGAGAACUCGUCCUCCGCGGCGGGGACGUCGGCAGCGGCGCCACCUGACAACAAGACCGAGGCCGAGAUCCAGGCCGAAAUCGCCGCCAUCUUCCGCCAAAUCACCGCCUCCGUCACCUUCCUGCCCCAGCUCAGCGGCGACUGCACCUUCAACGUGCUCGUCUACGCCGACGCCGACUCGGACGUGCCCGUCGAGUGGGGCGACUCGGACGCAAAGGAGAUUGCAAACGGCGAGCACGUCCAGCUCCGCGGCUUCAGCACCGCGAACCACCGCGUCGACACCAUCGUGAGCUAUCGCCUAGGCGACUCGUGACCGCCGGCGGCGUGAUGCGAGGGGGUAGGUAGGGUGGACAGUUCGUGGGGAGGGUAUUGACCGGCGGGACAGCGUUGGGACCAUGGCACGUAUGGGGCGGGCGGUAGAUGGGACUACCUGGAAGGCGUUUUGGCGGAUGAAAUCUUCUCGGCAUAUCAAAUCUCCUUUGGCACACGGGGCCUCACUUCUUGAUACGGCACAUCCACGCAUACUGACUGACUUGGAUUGGUUCCGUUGCCUACCUUGAUACUCCAUGUCUGACCGUCGGUCUCUGCGUCGGCCAACUGUGACAAAACAACCCCACACGCCCUCGUU